AAUAAAUUGGGACUUUGUACAAAACAUUAAUUUUUUGAGAUAAAAAAUUCCCUCAAGUUUUUUAGCGUUCUAAGUAUUCAAAACACAAUCUUUUCAGACAGAUUGUACAAAAAUGUCAGUUAAUCCAAGUUGGUUAAGGCACAGGAGUUUUAUGUGUUUAUCUUUGUACAUAGCAUCGUAAGACUCUACUGAAAUGACAGAAAUGAGGAGGAAAAUUAAUCUCUUUAGCCUACUCGGUGUGCAUUUAAAAUAUAAUUUAAGUUAGAUGAAGGAGACUUUAUAUUUCCCAUAAUUAGUAGGGAUGUAUAAAAAAUAUAAAAUGAAAAAAAGGGAACGCUAACUGGCAUUGUGCUAGAUUUCCUUUACCUACUUCAUAUGUUUGGGUCUAUAGUAAAAAUGAAUAAAGACAGAAAGAAACAGAAAAUAAAGAAAGAAAAGAAGAAAGAAAGAGAGAGAGAGAGAGAGAGAGAGAAAGAGAAAGAAAGAAAGAAAGGAAAGAAAGAGAGAAAGAAAGAAAGAGAGAGAGAGAGAGAGAGAGAGAGAGAAAGAAAGAAAGAAAGAAAGAAAGAAAGAAAGAAAGAAAGAAAGAAAGAAAGAAAGAAAGCAAUCCAUGGAACCAAAUUCAGAUGGUCUGAUAAUAUGUGAGAAUUCUAUGAAGAUCAAAAUUGUCAAGUUGAAGAAGGUGAGUAACUGAAGGUAAAAAAGCAGAAAUCACGGAUAUAAAUAUUAUAUGCUCCUUUAUUAAUGCCCUAUGGGUAAGCAUAUUAUUCAUUCCUGUAUAAUCAGACUGCAUCAAGCGGCUGCUUCAAAAAGUAAAGUCAAAGGCAGCCAAGGGCAGUUUCCACUAACUCAAAAUGUAACGGUUGUUGAAGGCGGAACUGCAAUUUUGACCUGCAGAGUUGAUCAAAAUGAUAACACCUCCCUCCAGUGGUCAAAUCCAGCUCAACAGACUCUGUACUUCGAUGACAAGAAAGCUUUAAGAGACAAUCGGAUCGAGCUGGUUCGCGCUUCUUGGCAUGAAUUGAGCAUCAGUGUCAGUGAUGUGUCUCUCUCUGACGAAGGGCAGUACACUUGCUCCUUAUUUACAAUGCCUGUCAAAACUUCCAAGGCCUAUCUCACUGUUCUGGGUGUUCCAGAGAAGCCUCAGAUUAGUGGAUUUUCAUCACCAGUCAUGGAAGGAGACCUGAUGCAGCUGACCUGUAAGACAUCUGGCAGUAAACCUGCAGCUGAUAUAAGAUGGUUCAAAAAUGACAAAGAAAUUAAAGAUGUAAAGUAUUUGAAAGAGGAGGAUGCUAACCGAAAGACCUUCACCGUUAGCAGCACACUGGAUUUCCGAGUGGACCGCAGCGAUGAUGGAGUCGCCGUCAUCUGCAGGGUAGACCACGAGUCUCUCAAUGCCACCCCUCAGGUAGCCAUGCAGGUGCUAGAAAUACACUAUACACCAUCAGUUAAGAUUAUACCAUCCACUCCUUUUCCACAAGAAGGACAGGCUUUAACUUUGACAUGUGAAUCAAAAGGAAAACCACUGCCAGAACCUGUUUUGUGGACAAAGGAUGGUGCAGAAUUGCCAGAUCCUGAUCGAAUGGUCGUGAGUGGUAGGGAACUCAACAUUCUUUUCCUGAACAAAACGGACAAUGGCACAUAUCGAUGCGAAGCCACUAACACCAUUGGCCAAAGCAGCGCAGAGUAUGUUCUCAUUGUACACGAUCCCAAUUCUCUGGCUGGCCAGAAUGGCCCUGACCAUGCCCUCAUCGGAGGAAUAGUGGCUGUAGUUGUAUUCGUCACACUGUGCUCCAUAUUUCUACUUGGCCGAUACCUGGCAAGACAUAAAGGAACAUAUCUAACAAACGAAGCUAAAGGAGCUGAAGAUGCACCAGAUGCUGACACGGCUAUUAUCAAUGCUGAAGGCAGCCAAGUCAACGCCGAAGAGAAAAAAGAGUAUUUCAUUUAAAAUUCAGGCCACACGUUUUACCUACCAGGCUGACUGCUGGAGAAAACUGGCAAUCAUCUUUCAGAAAUCAUUCCAACCACCUUCUACUACUUUAAUUAACACCCAUACUGUACUGCUCUCAGUAGCCAGUGUGUACCAACAAUCAGCAGUUGAAAGCAUCAUUCUUUAAUUACUGUACCAUCCAUAAUGCAGGACAUUUCUUAUUGCCUAAAUUUUACACCAUUGCUCUUUUAACAUACAGUGCUUGAAUAUACAGCCUUAACAAUGUUAAUCAUCUCACUGGACCAUGAAAUUGAGUUGUUUUUACACAUUGAAGAAAUGUAUGCAGAGCCCCACCCUUACAUCUGUUUUCCUUUAAAUCAUAGACUUUAUUUGGUUUGCAUUGGACAGUUUUCACAAGCCACACAAUUAGGUGAUGACCUAAUGUGCUUACGUUUAAUCGAAGAUUAGAGGUUUACAAACAAUGUUUUCUACCUGUCUAUCUUCAAAGAUAACAUGUUGCGGAAACAUAUGCCCUAGAAAACACAAACUGAAAACACUGUAGUGUAGUUUCUGGAAUGUUUGAGAUUAUACUGGUAAUACUGUAUCAAGUUGCUAUUUUAAAAUUUAGUGUUUGAUACAGGCGCCAUGUGUAUGGAUUAUAAUCAUGACAUGACACCUUAUAUUAUUAUAUAGAUCCUACCAUUAGGUUAUUGUAGCUUCAUUUACCAAUAAAUUAUUACAAACACUUAACUGCUUUGGGAAUCAUAAAGAUUUCAUUCAUUUCUCUAUUUGAUUCUAUAAUUUAUUUGUUCCAUAAGGAUUCAUCUGCCUAAAAAAAAGAAAAAAAAACUGAAGUAGGGCACAAUUUUGAGACAUUUUAGUAUCUGUAUAUAGUGCAUAUAAUAAAUCCAAUUAAACAUUAUUUGAUACAUAUUUAACUUUUUUGGCUGUAGGUUAUUCAGUCAUAAGUACGCAUUUUCUAACGUCCAUUAUAUCCCUUAGAUAUUACUUAAACUGAUAUUAUAAGUAGAUAACAUGUAUUAGUAUUUUUGUCUGUAUGUCCUAGCACUGUCAACAACAAAUUUUUCUAGUUCUUGUUAAUUUUUGUUAUAAAAUGGAAGCACAAUGUUACAAGGAAAGGUAAUUUUAAGCUAACAACCAGUGCACAGCCUCAGGUUUUAAAUCACAACCACAGUUGAAUAAUAACCUAAAAAUAAACUCUUAGUUUUAUUUAAAAAUCACACAUACACAUUUUAAUUUGGCAGUUUCAGGGCUGCUUAACUAUGUUGAUUUACCAAAAAGGAAGUGUUUAAGAUAUUUUUUCUGUAUAAAUGAACUAAUAUUCCUUAUAUUAAAUUACUGUCUAUGCAUUCUGUGAGGUACAAACUUAUGAAACAGUGAGUGAUAGAAAAUCCCUGCCAUGCACUUAACUCCAAGGUGAAAGUCUCUUUCUCUGGAUUAUUUUGAAAUUUUGGUGUAUUGAACUAUUAUAAACUUCUGUAAUGUUAAAUAUGACACAGAGUCAAUAUAAAGUCUUAUUUCUUUGAGUGAAAUAUAAUAUUGAUAGAAUAGUUUUUCUUAAACUUAUUAGAAGCUAAAAAAUAAAAAUCCAGUUAGAUUAACAAUUACUUUCCCAUUUACAAGCAUUGCACCUUUAAGAAUAAAACAAAUAUUCCAAUAUGGUAGCCGUACUAGUGAUGUCUAACAGCAUGGUGGCCUAGAGUUUUAAAAAUACCUUGGAAUUUAUUUGUGGGGAACAAGAAUGGUUGAAUACAACAUCCUUUGUUAAUAACAAAUGAAAGACAAGGGUGCUGUACAUUAGAUUAUUUAUCAGAAAAGUAUCGAACAUUUAAUGACAAUGUUAGAAUUUUUAAGUUUUUUUUUUAAUUGUGUAGCAUUUAUCUUGUUGAUUUCUUACAAAAGACAAAAGGACGAUGUCAGUCAAGCAGCACUUUUCAAAAUAUUCAGAACAUAAAUAAUAUGAUGUGGUUGAGUGUUAACAUAAUAAAUCAUAUACAGUAUGACAUUUUAAGGAAAUAAGUCUGCAUUGAUGUGAUUGCAUGCUUGUUUUUACAGUUCACUCCAUACCAUCUGUGGAAAAAUGCAAUAAUAUGUUAAUAUAGUAUGGUAGUUUGAGAGAAUCAGGUAGGUGCCUCUAGACACAUUGAAACUAGAAUAGGUCUAUAAACUGCUCAUAUCUUUCAAUGCAUAAUCUUUAGAAAGACUCCACACAGCAGAAAAUCAUCCUGUUAGUACAAAAUGGAAAGGUUCUUAUUGCUAAGUAUGUUGUGUAACUGCAUCAUCGAUUACUAUUUAAAGCCUAAUUUCAGGAUACAUUUACAAAAUUGCUACUCUUCAUCGAUGCUGUAUUUAUAUCCUCCUUCAUCUAUAUUCUACUUGGCUUCAACAGCUAAAAUUGUUGCCUAAAUAACACAAACCUUAUUUAUAGCACUGUAAAAUUAGAAGUCCAAAAAUGUUUGCAUUUCAAGACUUUUGACUCUUUUAACCCUUCCAAAAAAUACACAAAUCCAUUAGAACUUGUAAAAAGAAAAUCACCGGCAGAUAAAAAUUUGUGGGCUCUAAUCAAAUGGUUUUCAGUUAAAGGUAGCUAGUUUUGAUUGAAUAACAUUUCCUGUCAUAGAAAAAAGUGAUGGAGUUAUACUUUCCUGUAUUGAAUGGUUAUUUGAUUUUCACUAAAGGAAAUAAGUUACAAGAAUUCUGGAUAUUCCCCAUUCCAAACAAUAAAAAAAGAUAAGAUUUCUAAAUUGGACUCAUGUCAACUGAGAAGCCUGAAAUAUGCACAGUCGUAUGCACAUGGAGCCACUUUCUCUCUCUCUCUCUCUCUCUCUCUCUCUCUCUCUCUCUGAUAAGGGAAUUAAGUAGGUAGGGGACACAGUGGAAGGAGUGUGUGCAGACACUCCUCAAAGACUAUGAGCAUCAUUUGUUACAAAAAGACAUUCCUCUCUGCCAGAAAUGUUUACAGUGUACAUUGAUUGUCCUCCAUCAGAAAUAUCUAAUCAACAUUCUUCUUGUCUUCUUUUCCUUUUUUGAAAAUCUUGGGAAGAAUGGUGACCAAAAGUAUAAAAAAAGAGGAAACGUUUAUGAGUGCAAUAGUAAAGACAAAACAACCAUUGGAAUAUUGGUGUGUGUGUGUGUGUGUGUGUGUGUGUGUGUGUGUGUGUGCAUAUAUUUAAGAGAAGAGAGAUUAAAACAAACACAGCGAAAGAGUUCCAACUUGUUUUAUUUUACCAGAACUUGCAAGAAGCAAUUUAAGGAACCUGAUAUUGGGAUUUAAUCUAGAACCUGGAUAAUCUCGUUAAAGAUGUUAGUCUUUCAUAGAAACUCUAUAAUUGAAAUAACAAAUAGAGAAAUAAAAACAACUUUCCUGAUUAUGGCAAAGAAGCUAACACCUCAUUUAUUUUGUUUGGGUUUUCUUGUUUGUUUGUUUUCUGUAAAAAUAUAAAUAUUCAAUUAAAAACACAAGCUCACUUGUAAUUAUGUAUUCAUGACUGUAAGAGCGUUGAGAUUCCACAUAGGCACAUGUACAGCAGCUGUUUGACCGCAAUGGCUCUUCCAUGUAACAUAGCAGUUAUCGUGUGAGUUAGUGCCACUUAUUGCAAAGUGUUACCAAGGGGCACACUGAAAAUGCUUUUCGUUCUCCACCCUUUGGACAUAAGGAUAAUUUAAAAGAUAAAAAUAUGAGAUUUCACACUUUUUCCAAUUGUGGAAAAAAAACAAAGAAACAAGAAUCUUCCUGUUGUCCCGCCUCCUUUACCACAAUGUCUAAGUCCCAGGAAACUUGAAAAUGAAAAUACCCAGUUCUAUGUUCUUUAACAAGCGGUAAUCUGUGAUGGAUACAGAAAAUGAAAUGCUUAAUCAGUGGUCACAAGCGAAAUUAGUGAAAAACUGAAAGAAAAUAAUUGACGAGUAAUGCUUUUUGUUAAGUGGCACAAAGUACACACUAAAAACUAUGCAAAAUAUAGGUAACUACAGUGUAUGUACAUGUAAGUAUCUUGUACUAGCUGUGUAUGGAUGUUGGAAACCCAUGUAAUUAUAAUAUGCAUUUUGAAUUCUGGGAAAGAGGAAAUCUUAGUGUAGAUAAUAUAUUUGUUUUGAAAAACACAUUGGCAAUAUUGAAAUAUACUCAGUGCAAUAUCUCUAAUUCUAUUGCUGGAUACUUACUGCAAAGGGAUAUACAAUACUCUUGAAGAAGAUCCAAGAGUUUGCUCAUUCAUCUCUCAUGUGAAUUAAAUCACUAACAACAAGUUGCAUUUUUUUCUUACUUAAGUACUGAGGUAACAAAGGAAAUUUAUUUGGUUAAGUGCUUAACAUUGCUGCAGAGAAUGCAAUGACACAGAUUUGAAUCUUUAAUUUAUAUCUAAUCAAAUUUGACAUUCUUAAACCUUUUUUGAAAUGUAUGUGCUUUAAUAGACUUAAGUACUUUGAUUAUGAGUACAAAUUUAUUCAAAGAACAUAGGAUAUUUUUAGUAGUUUAAGUCACUUAUAUUUUAAUGGGGAAAUUUUCUUUUCUGUUGCUUUUCUUUGUCUCCCAAUCACAACCCAAACAUGCCCUUUGCACUGCUAUAUACCCUUCCAAAGGCAGUGGAUUGAAGUAACAAGAUAAUAAAGAGUUUAAGGAUACAUGAAUGGGUUCAAAAAUCAUCAGCAUUUUUAUGUAUUGAGAUUACUAUUGAAUGCAAUAGUUAUUGGAUAUAGCUGGUAAUUUCUCUGCCAUGCAUACUUACAAUAAUUCUUCUACCUCUCACUUUUAACAUGGGCUAUGAUACUUCAGUAUAAAUAGAGGAAGUAAAUAUUUACAAGAUAUCCCAGGAAGCAUCAUUUUGGGACUUUCAUAACAAUGCACUCCCCACUCCCUGGGAAAUCUCAAAAGCCAACUUCUUGUAGUGUACUCUAUGGUGUGUGGAUAUGCGUUUCUUUAGCUCUCUAUCAUUAGCUGCAUAUAGGUAAAAUAUGAAAAAGGUGAGGACAGUUCUUUCCAUGCCUGGUUAAUAUUUUGCUGUUAUGUAAUUGUAACUUUUUAAAAGUGAUUUGAUGGCAACAUUUUGCAAUCCACUAUGAUAUUUCAUUUCAUUCUUAAAGCAUAGCAAUUUCUUCAAAUUCAAUGGUGUAUUUUAAGUACAAAUCAUGUAAAUGAUUUAAUUUCUAGAGAAGUGUUAUCUAUAUAAACAAAAUUAAGUAUUUUAAAACUGCCUCCUGAACAAAUAACCCCAUUAAUUCAAAAUAUUGCAUCCAAAGCCCACUUUGUCUGCCUAGGCAUGAUAUGAACUUUUCAAUAAUGUAAUUUAAAUAUGUUGAAAUAAAAUGCCAUUUAUGAGAGUAUUUUCCUUUAGGAAAAAAAUAGAUUACAAAAAUUUAUCAAAUUAUCAUGGUGAAUCUAUAAAAUACGCUUAAAAUUAAAUAAGUUGUUUCAUAUUAUGUGGUUUUGUUAUAAAUAUUAUUUGGUUUACUUUUUACCAUCUUUUCCAUAUAUAAUAUAUAUAAUAUAAAUAUAUAUUAUAUAUAUAUAUAUAUAUAUAUAAAAUGUGUGAUUAUUUUGGAGAAAAUGGGCCCAAAUGUGAAAAAAGAUGUAAAGCAAACAUUAUACACCCUUGGAACAAUGCUGUAUUUUUCAAAGAUGUUAAGUUAAAAGAUAAGUGACAAUUGCAGGGGCACAAGAAAAAACUACCAGGGCUCAGCACUUAAGCACUUUUCCCACAUCCAGGGUCAAAGCAGUAAUGACUCCUACAUGGACUUUUAAGUGCAGCAUGAAAUGCAGCAUUACACGAAUACACAGUACUGUCAAACCUCAAAUACUUUCUUUCUUUAAAUGUUUUUUCCUUGUACAUGACCCUAGUAGACAUGUUUUUAUAUUUGCUGAUAGUGAAAGUCACGCGCAAUAAAAUAUAACGGUUGAAAGCAGUAGUCACUAACUGGUUAAAGACAAGUACAAAAUGUAAACAGUUGUUAUCUUUCUCUUUUGCUUUUCUCUGUGGUUCUGUUGUGUUGACUGAAUGUCAUAAGUAGAAAGAAAAGCAAUCUAGACGUUUUUCAAAGCUCGUAAUAUUGCUCCUUAUAAAUAUGUAACAUUUUAACCUUUUUACAAACUUACUUCGCUGUGCUCACUGUACGUGUUGUAGAUUCAAUGAUGCAACUGAGUAGUGACCCAAGGAGUUCUGAGUUUGGAAUGGCAUCUCGUUUCUUCAUAUUCAGUUCACAUCAAUAUUUGUGAAUUGGUUGUUUAGCUUUUUAUUCAACCAUAAAUAUUCCUUAAAGAAAGCUCCGUUCUUAUAAUAAAUAUUUCAGUGUGAACAACCUUGCAACAAGUUUGCCGUGUUAAAAAAAAAAUUUAAAGACUUAUCUCUGAAAACAGUGUCCAGAAAUGCAGGUGUUCUCAGUAAUGUAGCUUCAAAAAUGAAAUGUUCUAUUUAUAUGACAUGAAAUCCAUAUCUUUUGGAAGGGUAUACUUAUAACAGUAUUCAAAUAUAUCCUGUGCUAUAAAGAAGAUCCGCCAAAAUGAAACAUAUAGCACAGAAAACAAACACAAUUAUUGAAUCUACUCUUAUCAUGAACAUUUUCACAAAACAAAAUGCAUAUUGUAAUAUUAAGCACAUGACACUUGCAUGUUGAUAUGCCUAUAUACUUACAAAGUAUUCAAUGUGUACUGAGUGGCGCUUCAAAUAUGUCAUGUACAACACUUAUAAACAUGCCUACAGGGUUCCCAUCGGCACUCCAUUCUCUCAGAAAAGUCUCCUCAGAAAAAAAAAUGUCUGAUAAAUAUGGAAAAAUAAAAUUUGAAUUUCAGUUAUCUGUUGGACAUUACUGAACUUUUUCUUCAUGUAGUGUAUUUUAGGCUUGAACUCAGACACUGAAAAAUAAACUUUUCCUUUCUCCAGUGAAAGCAUAUAAAAGAUGUUGUGAAACAUCCUCUGUUAUGCCAAACACAUUAUUUUGAAUACAUUUUCUCAACUGCAUAUCAUAUCCAUCUAUUUUAAGUUUUCUAAAUAUUGUACAAUUUCCUUGUACAUUUCUAAAGGGAACUUUUUUAAGAAAAUGAGAACUACUAAAAAAAUAAAUGUUAUCUUACUGAUACAAUAUUUAAUCAUUAUUCCUUGAAAUGUAUGAACCUUGUAAUACGCUGGGUUAAAAAGUGUCGCUGACGUAAAGAAUUUUGCUUGAGAUUGCCAACAUUCAAAACUUUGUAAAAGUAAUUUUACAUACACUUAUUUGUGUUUAUUAAUGUUGACUAGGAACAGAAGCAAAAAUAUCUAAAACAAUUUCUUUUUGUUUCCACACUAACCAAUAAAUUUCAACUACCUAAGAUAAUGAAAUUAACCAUAUAUACAUCCUGAGAUUAUAACAAUAAGAAUUUGAGAUAAGCUUUUAAAUUUAUGGAAGAUUUUCUUUGUGUCUUUGAAAGUUCACUUACCAUGAGGUGUUUUGUAGUCUACUUUAAAUAACAGAUUUUGUUAUACAGGGUAAGCCAAAGGCUGUACAAGAAUUAGUGCCAUUGGGUCUGAUAUUUGUGUUGGACCAUGAAAUAUUCCAUUAAAAUUUGUCUGUAAAUACAAGGCAA